UCGUUAUUUCAUAUCCUCACUUUCUUCGCUCACUGCUUUAUCCUCUCAAUCUUCUUCUCUUCUCUUGUCUCGCCUCUCUCCAAUGGAGGUUACCUCCACCUUCGUCUCAACCACCACUAGAUCGUCUAAAUAUCUUACCUUAACUUCGUAUUCUCCGGUGAUUCUUCCGGCUUCUAGUCUACGCUCCAUCCGCCGUGAUUUUCUCGGAUGUUGUCACAGUCUCCGUCCUUCUCCUCACAAUCUUCGAACUCGCUCCGGGAAGCGAAAUUCUCGUCUUUUUUAUACUCGAUCGCCUCGUUUAGUUGUUAGAGCUUCUAUCGACUCUGGUUUGAUUCUUGUUGUUGUUGCUGUCACUGCCUUCUCCGCCAUUGCUUUCGCUUACUGCCACAAUACUUUCAGGAAACGCAAAUCUUCCCAUGAGGUUGCAGCUUCUCCUCCAAAGAUUCAUGGCGGAAAAAGUGGACAUUUAGAUGGAGAUGUUCAUAAAGGAAUUCCUGUGGAAAUAAAUGGAGGGUUCAGUAAGAUGGAAGAAAAGGAGGCUCAUGGAGUCCAGGAAACUACUGUGAUGGAGUUGGAAGAAGAAGAGGCUCAUCGAGUUCAGGAAAUUACUUUGAUGGAGUAUGAUUCAUUUUUGCCCAAACAAACGGAUAUGGUUGCUGAGGAUUCUCAGUUUGCUGUUGCCAGUGUCAGCACAGUUGCAAAGGAACAUACUUUAAUAGAUGAUGAGUCCCGUUCAUCUUCCAUAGUUAAUGGGUCUGUUGCUUUGGGAGUUAAAACGCCUGAAAAGGAAGUUGAAAGCAGCCAAGAGAAGAAGAGUAUGGAGCAUGAUUUUUCACAAGCAGUGGUGGGAAUUCAGUCGAUUGCUUCUCCACUUGUGGUAGAUGAUACACGUGCUCUAGAGUAUGAGUACAAUGGUUUGCUCCAGAAGCCUGUUGAGUACAGCGUCUUCACUGGGAGUAAGAGAGAAGAGAUUCACACGUUUUAUGGGCCUAAUCAUUCAUCAGCCAAGUCUUCAAGGUCGACUAGUCUUAAAGCAGUCUCUCCUACUGUUACUUCUGCAACUAAUAGUUUAUUGCUGGACCACAAGAACAAUGGAAUAAUUGAUACUCAGUUCCCAGGACAUAGUUCUGGUCAGUCUACUGGUGAUGUUCAAGAAGAAAAACUUGUGUCACACGGUAACGGCGGUUUAUCUCACACUAGGAAAGAUGUUAAUGGAGACUGGAAAUUUCCAAAUGAUGGGAAGCAUGUGGGUCACCAGACUGAUGAAAGCAUGCCCCAGUUCCCUGCUCAAAUUCUUACGCUAGAUAAUAGUAAUGGACGUUCUCCAGAAACUAAUGAUGCUUACAACCGUUUACUUAGAGAUGGAAGGCUAAAGGAUUGCAUAAACUUGCUCGAAGAUUUGGACCAAAGGGAUCUAUUGGACAUGGACAAGAUUUAUCAUGCAAGUUUCUUUAAAGCCUGCAAGAAGCAACGAGCUGUCAAGGAAGCAUUUCGCUUUACCAAGUUGAUUCUAAAUCCAACCUUAAGCACAUUCAAUAUGUUAAUGUCUGUCUGCGCAAGCUCCCAGGACAUAGAAGGAGCUCGACGAGUUUUGCGUCUGGUACAAGAGAGCGGUAUGACUGCUGAUUGCAAACUUUACACAACUUUAAUAUCAAGUUGUGCUAAAAGCGGAAAAGUUGAUGCAAUGUUCGAGGUGUUCCACCAGAUGUCAAAUUCUGGAGUGGAAGCUAACCUUCACACGUUCGGUGCACUUAUUGAUGGCUGUGGUAGAGCUGGACAAAUAGCAAAGGCAUUUGGUGCUUAUGGAAUUUUAAGGUCUAAGAAUGUUAAGCCAGACCGGGUUGUAUUCAAUGCCCUCAUCUCUGCAUGUGGUCAAUCAGGAGCUGUAGACCGUGCUUUUGAUGNCACUGAUAUUUUCUUCGCCUAUUACCUCACAUCAGAUUUAUCAUGCAACACAUUCAAUAUGUUAAUGUCUGUCUGCGCAAGCUCCCAGGACAUAGAAGGAGCUCGACGAGUUUUGCGUCUGGUACAAGAGAGCGGUAUGACUGCUGAUUGCAAACUUUACACAACUUUAAUAUCAAGUUGUGCUAAAAGCGGAAAAGUUGAUGCAAUGUUCGAGGCGAAGGAUUGGAAGAAAGCACUGGAGCUCUAUGAAAAAAUCAAGUCGAUCAAACUUAGACCAACAGUUUCAACAAUGAAUGCCCUUAUUACUGCUCUGUGUGAAGGUAAUCAACUGCCCAAGGCUAUGGAAUAUCUCAAUGAGAUAAAGACUUUGGGAUUAAAACCAAAUACUAUCACGUACUCUAUGCUCAUGCUAGCAAGUGAAAGAAAGGAUGACUUUGAAGUAAGUUUCAAACUCCUUUCUCAAGCCAAAGAAGAUGGAAUAUCACCAAACUUCAUCAUGUGCAGAUGCAUAACCAGCCUGUGCAAGCGAAGGUUUGAGAAGGAUUGCGCUAGUGGUGAACCUGUUGUGUCCUUCAAAUCAGGGCGACCUCAAAUUGAAAAUAAAUGGACAUCAAUGGCCUUAAUGGUUUACCGAGAGACAAUUUCAGGUGGAACGGUUCCUACUACAGAAGUAGUUUCACAAGUUUUGGGGUGUUUGAAACUUCCACAUGAUGCUGCUUUGCGGGAUAGGCUGAUUUCAACUUUAGGCAUAAACAUUUCACAAAAACAACAUAACAUAUUCCCACUAGUUGAUGGAUUUGGAGAGUAUGAUCCUCGUGCAUUUUCAUUGCUCGAGGAGGCUACUUCUCUUGGAGUUCUUCCUUCUGUGUCCUUCAAUAAAAUUCCUAUACUUUUUGACACGACAGAGUUGCCGAACAACGUGGCUGAGGUUUACCUCUUAACCAUCUUUAAAGGUCUUAAGCAUCGCCUUGCAGCUGGUGCGAAGAUACCUCACAUUAAUUUGAUCAUUUCAAUGGAAGAGAAGGAUUUUACGACUCCUGAAGGCGAGAAGACAAUCGACCUUACAGGAAGGGUGGGACGAGAAAUUGGUGCAUUGUUGAGAAGGUUAGGGAUACCAUAUCAUAGAAAGGAUUCAAGAUUAAGAAUCAAUGGUGUUUCUUUGAAGAACUGGUUUCAACCAAAGGUCGAUUCACCUUUCUCUGGUGGGAAACCAGGGCAUUUAAGAUCAUCACAAGUACCACUAGGAAACCAAAUCAGUCGUCAGCAACGCAGCAUUCGGCUAGGGAACCUGUCACUUGAGUGAGAACUGAGAAGGCGUCUCUCAUUUUGAUCCUUGACCUCCGAGAGUUUUUUUUUUUUUCCCCUUUUGAAGGAUUGGUUCCACGGAACUUCAUACUCAGUACAUGUUACAUCACAACAUUCUUCCCCCAGCGUCGCAGCAGAAAGUGGAAAUUCAAGUUUUGUUGCAUUACUCUUCUGCGUAAGCUUAGUUCUUGCAUGAGGAUGUUUAGUCACAGUAAGUUAAUUUGCAUGGUAAAGCUGUAUAUCUACCCAAAAAAAAAAAGACUGUAUUUAUUCGUUUCCGCAUGAAUAUAUAUAUAUAUAUAUAUAAUAAUAGUAAAUGAUUCUUGUAAGGUAUUCAAGAAACUCUUAAUAUACAAUAUCUCUCCAAAAGAUUCACAGA